GUGCCGUGGAUGGCGCAAGACGGCGUGCGGAUUGUUGUGCAGAACGUGUCACUGCGUAACGGCGCCGUGCUGUACGUGAUGGGCGGAGGAGCGUUGCGCGGUGCGGGGGCGGCGGGAAGCAACGAGAGCGGGCCGGUGGAGUUGUCCGUGUGCGAUGUGGAGGCGCUGAACGGCGCGAUUGUGCUGACCGGCACGUUUCCCGCGGGGUCCGCGCUGACUGUGACGGACUCCCUGCUGGUUUCCGCGGGGUCGACGCCGCUUGUGUAUCUUUCCGGCUCGCGGUCCUCGCCGUACGCACCGGUGCUGGUGCUGUCGGGUCUGCGGCUCGUGCGGUCCGUGCUGGUUGUGUCCGGCGUGUCCCUCGUGACUGUGAUGACUGGUGGGCGGACGGUGGUGGUGGACGGCGCCGUGCUGGAGCUCGUCGGCGGCGGUGUCGCGCUGGACGCGACUGUGUUCGGUGGCGAAUAUGCGUUGUACGCGAGUGCGCGCGUGGUGGCGUCGGAGGGCGCUGUUUUGCGCGUGUCGGGGAGCCAGGUGUACGCCGCGCAUGGAUUGGUGUUCGACAACGGGGUGAUGGCCAACGCGUCCGCCGUCGUGGUGAAUGACAACGCCGGUGCGCUGACGGAUGGCGCGCUGCUGGUGCUGCGGGAGACGGCGUCGUUUGUGUCCGGGUCGUGGCUGUCGGUGCGCGGCAACAGCAUCAGCGGCAGGCUCCUUUCGCUGCCUCCGUACCCGCGCAGUGCGGAACUUGUGCAGAGCACGCUGACGUUUCACAAGAACGCUGGCAGUGGGCCCGCUGUGAUGGACGGCACCGUUGAGCUCGGGAGCGCCGGCCGAAAGUUUGUCGUGGGGUGCCUGACGCUCAACGGGCAGGCGCUGCAGCCGAUCAACUACAGGUCCGCCGGCAUCAUCGGGAAAGUUCGCCCCGUGGCGUGCAGCGUGUGUGACGCCGACGUGAGCUGCUUUGCUGCUGCGACGAGGGCGAUGUCGGAGUCGUGCCGCUGCCGCUGUGCUGAGGGCGGGUACGGGCGCGACUGCCUGCCGGUGUACCUGCCGCACGUGGACGGGUGCAACCGCACGCCCGAGAAACCGCUGCUGAGCCACACGGCGACGCUGACGGCGACGCGCAGCCUGACACCAACGUGGACGCCAACACCGCCAACAACGAGCCUGAGUGCGACGCGCUACAGUCCGACGAACUACGGACCGACGGAGACGCCGCAGGUGACGGAAACGGUGACGCUGCUGCCCACGCCGACCCCGGCAGCGUCGGUUACGGCGACGGUGCUGCCGACCGCGACAAUGACGGCAUCGGAGUCACUGAGCGUGAGCCUGUCGGUGAGCAGCACGCCGUGGUGGAGCGACGUGGCGUGCCCGACACUUACCGUGACGACGACGGCGGCUGGUGGGAGCCUGACGCAGAACGACAUUCGCGGCGGUGGGAGCGCCGUCCCGACACGGCUGAUGGUGACGCUGCCGCCGCCGUUCCGGUGGGCAAGCGACCCGCAGCUCGGCACGCACCUGAGCUUCGUGCCGGUGUCGACGGCGCAGCCGACCGGCUUUGGUGGUCCGUGGGGAGCGAUGCUGCGCAACGCGACGUGGGAGCGCAACGCGACGAAUCCGUCCACCGUCCUGGAGCUGGCUGUGCCCGUGCACCGCGGCUACUUCAUUGGUGCCGACGAGACGAUAGUCAUUCGCUGCGACGCUGUGGCGGUGUCUGGCGGCUGCAACGGUGUGCUACUUGGGUCUUUCACCAUCGCGUCUAACACGCCGCCCGCCGUUGCCAGCGCCCUCUCGGCGAUCACCGGCGUUGUUGCGGGUGCGACGGCUGUUGCCAUGGUGGUGACCGGCGGGCUGGGCUCCAUCCUGGAGAUGCAGGCACUCGGCGUGUUUGCGAAGAUGUCAUGCGCCUCGGCGCAGGAGCGUGCGAGCACCGUUGCGCUGCCGUACUUCCUGUCGGUGUUCGCUGCCCUUGACCCGCUGUGGAUGGUGGUGGGCAACGCGCUGCUCGCCGCUGUGUUCGGGUGCGUGCACUACGGUGUGACGGCGGCCUUCCAGCGGUGGCGCGGCGUGGACGCGGCGAGUGCGUGGGCGGCGAUGCGCUUCCCGAGCCUGACGUACGUCGUGGCGCACGCGAUGCACCUCGGCAUCUUCUUCGGCUCCGUGUUCGCACUGGCGAUGCCCGGCGCCCGCGUGCAGCACUACGUGAUUGGUGUCUUUGGUGUGCUGUACGGUGUGGCGUUUCCUGCUGGCGUUUGCUACUUGAUUGCCCGCCACACGGGCGCGAGCUUUACGAAGUACUGGCAGUUUUCGAGGAAGCCGCUGCACGAGCGCCUGCUGUACCCCGUCGGGUAUUGGCACCCCGCGGCGCAGCAGCGGAUGUACGGCAGCAUGCUAACGAACAUGAAGGGCAGCUACGUGUACUGGUGCGUGUUCCAGCUGUCGGUGCUGUGCGUGGUGGGCCUGAUUGCGGCUGUGCACCCGCCCGUGGGAGUCUGCCACGUCCUGUACUUCUGCAUGGCUGCUGUGCUGCUUGCGGGUGCGGGCGUGGUUGCCUUCACGAACAUGAUGCGCUCGGCCUUCCUGACGGUGAUGCGCACGGCGAGCUUUGUGCUCCUUGCGGCGCUGUGCCUGACCAGCGCGGCCAACCAUCUUGCGCCCAGCGACGGCGGAGCGAGGGCGUACGCGGCACUUCUGAUGCUGCUGACCACUGUGCUGCUUGCGGCCACUGUGUACUGUGCGGCUGUGUGGUACGUGGAGGACCGCCACUGGCAGGAACUGCGCGAGCCACAGCGUGGAGGGCUGGAUGCGCUGCUGCGCGAUGACGAGGAGAGCGACGAAGAGUUGCGGAAGCACCACGACAGGACAUCAUCGUCGUACGCUUCAGGCACCGCCGGCGCGUCGUCGUACCGACCACCCGCACCGCCGCAGUGGGAACGCAUCAUUGGUAGCAACGAACGCAACCCAGAUACCAUUGACCGUCAGCCGCAGCCACUGGGCGUCGACGCGCACUCCAACGCAUUAACCUUCCUGGACCGUGCAUCAACUACACGCGGAAGCGUGAAUCACGCUAUCCUGUGA